AAAAAAAANUAAUAGUUUUCUUACGCUUCUGCCAUCUGGCGGUGGCAACGAAAAUCAUUUGCGACUUGUAACGUGACCGUGCGCGUGGAACUUUGGGAUAUUGUCUUUUACACGUUAGCCAUGGACGAGCAAGAACAGCAAGAAGUGCAAAAAAAGAAAAGAUCUUUCAGGAAAUAUACCUAUCGAGGUGUAGAUUUGGAUCAACUCCUUGAUAUGUCAAACAAUCAACUGAUGGAACUACUACACUGUAGAGCAAGGCGACGUUAUGCAAGAGGACUUAAGCGAAAACCAUUGGCUCUUCUUAAAAAGUUAAGAAAAGCUAAAAAGAAUGCAGGUCCUUUAGAAAAACCUGAAGUUGUCAAAACUCAUUUACGUGAUAUGAUAAUAAUUCCUGAAAUGGUUGGAUCCAUUGUUGGAGUUUAUAAUGGAAAAACUUUUAAUCAAGUUGAAAUUAAGCCUGAAAUGAUUGGUCAUUACCUUGGUGAAUUUAGUAUUACGUACAAACCUGUUAAGCAUGGUCGACCAGGCAUUGGUGCCACUCAUUCUUCAAGAUUUAUUCCAUUGAAAUAAUUUUGAAUUAUGUAUGUUUCACACAAUAAAGACAAAGAAUGAAAAAGUA